UGUGCAUGGAGCAGCUGCCACUGCCCAGGGAAUGACACCCGCCUUGCACGGAUCCCCCGCAGGGCCCCCUCUGGUUUUGGGCAGUUGUCAGCCCAUGCCCCACUGGGCUUCUUAGCAGCCGCCGCACCCCGCUGCCCUUGGGUCUGCGGCCCCUUCCCGGCUCCCCCCAGCUCCCUGUCGCGGAGGCGCCGCAGAGGCGAGCAAUGCAAGGCUGAGGCUGGUUUUGAUUUUUCUGAAUGUGUUUGCUGUUCAGGAAUAAAAGGGUAUUCUGUGGUUGGAAUCAGGAAGAUCUGUCUGCACUGCAAGUGCCCUCAGGAGGAGCACAUGGUGACGGUGAUGCCGCUGGAGAUGGAGAAGACUGUCAGCAAACUCAUGUUUGACUUCCAGAGGAACUCGACCUCAGAUGACGACUCAGGCUGCGCCUUGGAGGAGUACGCCUGGGUCCCGCCUGGGCUGAAACCUGAGCAGGUUCACCAGUACUAUAGCUGUCUCCCAGAGGAGAAAGUCCCUUAUGUCAACAGUCCAGGAGAGAAACUGCGAAUCAAGCAACUAUUACACCAGCUGCCACCACAUGACAAUGAGGUCCGAUAUUGCAACUCCCUGGAUGAGGAAGAGAAACGGGAGCUGAAGCUCUUCAGCAACCAGAGGAAACGUGAAAACUUGGGCCGAGGGAAUGUCAGGCCCUUCCCAGUCACCAUGACAGGAGCUAUUUGUGAACAGUGCGGUGGCCAGAUUAAUGGCGGGGACAUCGCCGUGUUUGCCUCACGUGCUGGCCAUGGUGUUUGCUGGCACCCACCGUGCUUCAUAUGCACUGUCUGCAAUGAGCUCCUGGUGGACCUGAUCUACUUCUACCAGGAUGGGAAGAUAUACUGUGGCAGACACCAUGCUGAGUGCCUGAAGCCUCGCUGUGCAGCCUGUGAUGAGAUCAUCUUUGCUGACGAAUGCACUGAAGCUGAGGGGCGGCACUGGCACAUGAAACACUUCUGCUGCUUCGAGUGUGAGACAGUGCUGGGUGGCCAGCGGUACAUCAUGAAGGAGGGAAGGCCCUACUGUUGCCACUGCUUCGAGUCCUUGUAUGCAGAAUAUUGUGACACCUGUGCCCAACACAUAGGGAUCGACCAAGGCCAAAUGACGUACGAUGGCCAGCACUGGCAUGCCACUGAGACCUGCUUCUGUUGUGCUCACUGCAAGAAAUCCCUCCUCGGGCGGCCGUUCCUCCCAAAACAGGGCCAGAUAUUCUGCUCACGGGCCUGCAGUGCUGGGGAGGACCCCAACGGCUCGGACUCAUCCGAUUCAGCCUUCCAGAAUGCCAGGGCCAAGGAGUCCCGGCGCAGCGCCAAAAUUGGCAAGAACAAGGGCAAGACGGAGGAGCCCGUGCUGAACCAGCACAGCCAGCUGCAGGUGAGUUCCAACCGGCUGUCCGCUGACGUGGACCCCCUGUCGCUGCAGAUGGACCUGCUCAGCCUGGCCAGCCAGACACCCAGCCUCAACCGGGACCCCAUCUGGAGGAGCCGGGACGAGCCCUUUCAUUACGGGAACAAGAUGGAACAGAACCAGCCCCAGAGCCCCCUGCAGCUGCUCAGCCAGUGCAACAUCAGAACUUCCUAUAGCCCAGGAGGGCAGGGGGCUGGGGCCCAGCCAGACAUGUGGGCCAAGCACUUCAGCAAUCCUAAAAGGAGCUCAUCCCUGGCCCUGAAGGGGCAUGGCGGCAGCUUCAUCAAGGAAUGCCGAGAAGACUACUACCCAGGAAGGCUGAGAUCCCAGGAGAGCUACAGCGAUAUGUCCAGUCAGAGCUUUAGUGAAACUCGCGGCAGCAUCCAAGUCCCCAAAUAUGAGGAGGAGGAGGAGGAGGAAGGGGGCAUGUCCACUCAGCAGUGUCGGACCCGUCAUCCACUCAGUUCCCUGAAAUACACUGAGGACAUGACGCCCACGGAGCAGACCCCUCGGGGCUCCAUGGAAUCGCUGGCCCUGUCUAAUGCAACAGGCCUCUCCGCGGAUGGUGGCGCCAAGCGCCAGGAGCAUCUCUCCCGGUUUUCCAUGCCUGACCUCAGCAAAGACUCCGGCAUGAACGUGUCCGAGAAGCUUAGCAACAUGGGCACGCUUAACUCAUCCAUGCAAUUCCGCAGCGCGGAGUCCGUUCGCAGCCUGCUUUCCGCCCAGCAGUACCAGGAGAUGGAAGGAAAUCUCCAUCAGCUCGGCAACCCCAUUGGCUACAGGGACCUGCAGUCCCGUGGCAGGAUGCAUCAGAGCUUUGAUUUUGACGGAGGGGUGGCGAGCAGCAAGCUGCCUGGCCAGGAGGGCGUGAGGAUCCAGCCCAUGAGCGAGCGCACGCGGAGAAGAAGCACCUCCCGCGAAGAUACCCGCCGUUUCCGACCGCACCGAUCCAGGCGGUCCCGACGCUCACGCUCAGAUAACGCCCUGCAUCUGGCCAGUGAGCGUGACACCAUCUCUCGCUUGAAAGAAAGGCCCCCACUUCGAGCCAGGGAGGACUAUGACCAAUUCAUGCGACAGCGGAGCUUCCAGGAGAGCCUGGGCCAGGGGUCCCGGAGGGACCUGUACGGCCAGUGCCCAAGGACUGUGUCGGACCUGGCUUUGCAAAAUGCCUUUGGGGAGCGAUGGGGACCCUACUUCACCGAGUACGAUUGGUGUUCCACCUGCUCCUCUUCCUCAGAGUCUGAUAAUGAGGGCUACUUCCUAGGAGAACCAAUCCCCCAGCCAGCCCGCCUACGAUAUGUCACAAGCGAUGAGCUUCUGCACAAAUACAGCUCUUAUGGCCUCCCCAAGUCGUCCACGUUAGGUGGCAGGGGACAGUUGCACAGCAGGAAAAGACAAAAGAGCAAAAACUGUAUUAUUUCUUAAUCUGAUUGGUGUCAGGGAAUAGGGGAAGAUGGGAGCUAAGAAUGUAAAUUCAGAAACUUGCACUGUUUUAAAUUUAUAAGCGCUUUUUGGGGUGGUUACUGGGGGAGAAAAAGGGACAUGCUCUCAGUUGAUGAAGGCAAGGUUGCAGAUUGACUCGACUGGUAGUCACAGUUCUUGGCAUGUUGAAUAUCAUUUGCACAUUUCACUUUGGAAACGCUAUAGACUCUGUGGAGGUCAGGGUUGGUCACCUCCCUCCCAUCAGUGUGUUGAGUUGCCGCUCUCAAGAUGGCAAGUUGCCUCCGCUCGCUUGUAUUCUCUCUGGUUCUCUUACUUCUAGGACCCUUUUUCCAGUAAGUAAUUUGUUUAUUAGCCAGGACCCAAGUCUAAAUUAUUUACAUGUCCAUUGUAAAUGCAAUGUAAAUGAGAGUUCUGAUAAAAUAUUUUUGUAUUUUGUAAUAUCAAAGGAAUUUCUA